GUGAAUCAGUUUAUCUACAAAAUUUCACCACAUAUUUUUCCGGUUAUUGGAAGUGUUUGAAUCGUAGCUCUUAUUGCACUGUCCCCCUGUGUUGACUCGUUCUUUCACAUAGACACGAAUCCGUCUGCUUACGACGUGCGCGUUGUCUGAGUGUGCAGACAUGAACUUAAAACUUGAAAAAUGGUAGAAAAGCAGCAGCAACAAGGCUAAGUGAUUAGAGGUAUAGUUUUAGUCCGUAUAGAGUUCACUGAGAUAAACUGUUAUGGCAUUUUUUAUUCUGGGGAGUGAUCGCUGUGCGAUUUGAGUUGUUGAUGCGAUUCAAUUCACCUGGAUUACGUGCGCAUUUGGAGAGGGGGAGUGAUGAAGGUUAGAACCACUUUUCCCUACGAUGGGGCUUUUUGGAUUCUCGAGAUAAUUGGUGCGCCCCGUAUUCAUGCGUGGGAAAGAAUGGGUGGAGAAGGAUAGCGACUAUCUUCUGGCGGCACCUUUGCGUGAGAUUAUCCCCAGAUGAAGCUGUCAUCUGAAAGAUGAGGCGUUGCGUUUUCAAAAUUUCCUUAUCACAGCCUUCGUCUCAAGAACGAUAGAUACAUUUUCGAUCUUUGCUAAAUUUAUCAUACAUAUUGUCCAUCAGUCCGAUUUCCAAAGUUUGAGAAGUCAUACACUUCCUACAUGCUGCAGUGACAUCUAUAGAAACUCCGGUAAAUGCUUAAGCCUGGGAUUCUAGUAUAAUAUAACCUUCUUAAGAUACCCUAGAUUGUAUUGCUUACACAAUCCACAGUCUUAGACAAUCUAAGGAACGCUCUUACCUUGGAAGAUGGGACUCUUGAGUUAGAUCAGCGCUAGCAAUGUUUAGUCGGGAGUUUCUGACUUCGACAGUCUUGCAAUGAAGGCUCCGUCGUAUGUUGGAACACAUAUUUGAUAAGUCUGGCUGACAAAGAAGAAUAAGGCAAUUCAUAUUUAUAGAAGCUUGUGGAUAUAUUUAAUGAAGACUAUGAAGUUAAACCCUUUGAAGCUUAAUUUAUAUAAGAAAAAAGCUAUAAACUGGGUUGUUUCAAGGUUUCUUAGAGAUAUGCAAAACCAAUACUCGGCUUCACCAGGAGAAGGUUAAUAGUCGGAGGCGUUACGUAGUGGUGGCCGAGAUUUGCUACGGCAUUACCAAUGCCAUUGAUUUAUUGGGGAUCUUCACGUUUUACUCUGUAUUCGUUUUCUUAUUGAGCAAAUUCUAACCAUAAAAUUGUUUAUACGACGAUGGCCUCCUGCUUCCCUGAGGGAUAGAAAAUAGGUUGCAUUUCUUUGUGAUGAGACGUGUCCAAUGCGAUGGAAAAUUUUAUGACCUCUCGUGAAUGAGGGUGCAUCGUUUUGUUUUAUCAUGAUGCGCAUUUAUAACCUUAUUAAGCAUCCUCGGAUAUAUAAUUUAAAUUAUAAGAAGCCAGCAUUUAAGAAUACAGAGUCAAGGUUAAUUGAAGAUUCCUACAAGCAAGACAAUUUCGGGCUGAGGUCGAGAUGACGCUUGAUAGCAUACCGGCGCCUGUUUUCACCGGGAAGACAGACCUCUACACGUGGCUCGCGCAUCAAACGGAAUGUUUGGUCGACGGUCUCAGCAGAAAGUUCACCCCACAGGCUAACCUCGUACUUGGUCUCGCAAACGUGGCAGCUCUGUGCUUUUAUGAACUCAACCGUUUUGCCAACACCGCCGCACCUUUGCAAAAUUUACCGGUUAACUGGUUCGGGUUUUACCUACUACAGGCUCCGGGAGUGCUAGCGCUUGGACCUUUCCAGGGUCGUCCAGCAUGCACAGAGAUCCGCCUUGGAAAAGGUGUUUGUGGGACCGUCGCGGAGUCUCGGCAGGCCCUGGUAGUGAAAGAUGUUCACGACUUCCCCGGACACAUUGCAUGCGACUCCACCUCCGUCUCCGAAGUGGUGGUUCCUAUUUUGGCUGAAAAUGGUAGCGUUUUAGGUCUAAUUGACGUGGACAGCACGCAGCCAGGGCACUUUGCCGAGGACGACAGGAAUGGGUUGGAGGCCAUUGCCUUGAUUCUUUCAAAGCACCUGGAGUUCCCCAUGGCGCGGGCCCUCGCCGCGAACCCUUCUUUGGCUCGUCCGAAUUUCACCGUGGCGGGGGUGGAGCCCUCUCCUGAUCAGGAACCCAAGAGUGAGGCAGCUGCCAGGCUGCCCGCGCCUGUCGAUGUGGCGGCGGCCAACUUGGAUGCCGCGCGAGUGCAUGCCAGGGGGGCGAAUCCCAUUCCACACUUCACCAUAGGUCUGAAACCGGAGAGUAUUUGUAAGCGCGUGGGUGAAUGGGAGUUUACCACCACACGGUUAGAUCGCAUUUCAGGCCAGACAUCCUUGCAGGAGUUAGAAAAGGAUACUGGGAUUUCGUCCUUCCCUGAGAUUCAGUUCCCUUUCAACAUCUUUUCGGCGUCCUUUGCGUCUGCCAAGGAGAAACCGCUGAUUUUAUUCGACUUGGUGUCUAUUCUAAAGAACGCGUCUGAAUUUUACACCUCCCCGUACUAUCGCGAGACGGUUCGAUCGCAGAUGAUGCUGCCCGUCUCGGAGAGCUGGGCGCUGACGCCGUUUGACCGGCACGACCCCGGCGUUGACUGGGGCUGGCGCCACCGCCACUACGGCAUCCCGUCCUCCAAACUGAAGCCACUCGAGCCCGGCAUGAGCGACAUUAACUGGGACCUCUUGAGGGAUAACUCGCUGCCCAUCGUAUUCUUCGGGGAGCUCGACUUUUUCGAGGACGACUUGCAUGAUUUCGGCGUGGUGCGGUGCUCGGUAAAGUUUCGCGUCAUGACGACCGCAUUUUUUAUCUUGUUUCGUCACUUUGUGCGGCUGGACCGCCACUUGAUAUGGAUGCGUGAUGUGCGAAUAUUCCACAGGUUUGGCGAAACCCGAACCGAGUGCGGUGUGGAUGUGCCCCAUAUCGUGAUGGUGGAGCAGUUCGCUAAGCAUGAUAUUACCGAACACGACACUCUUGAAUGGAAAGACGUCAGUCCAGACGUGGCGUUCCAAAAGGCUACGGUACUAAGCGUGCAUAAAUUUUGUGUGGACAUGGCAGCGUCAUGAAAUUUAUUGAGUUGAGUGAAUUUUUUUCUUGCUGUACAUAUAUAUAUAUAUAUAUAUAUAUGUAUAUAUAUAUAUAUAUUCAUUUAUUGAAAGCUUGUCGAUCGAAGUUACAUCCUGUGAAAUAUAUGGAUAUUCUCUUCAUCGGUGUUUUCUUUAGAUCUUGGCUUUUUCCUUCACUGUUUAUCCCAGGUUCACAUAUUUUUGAGGCCCCUCUCCCCCGUUUUCUUUUCGGAGGUGCCUGAAAAAGAGUUCCUGUAAAAUAUUUUUACCUAGCAUAUAGGGGGGAGGCUAUGGGGAUUUGUUUGAAAGAAACGUAGAUUUCUAAUCCUCCUAUCGCAAGUUUCUUAGCUGCUAGCAUGGAUUAACACCAUGAAUGUUUUCGUAAAAACUUGCGAAAAGUAAGCUGGUGAUAAGCCGGGGAGUUGAUAAGAGCUAUCACUAAGUGUUUCCUUGCUUUUUUUCUUCUAAGGACUACUGAAAAAGUCCCAAAAGACGUGUUUUGCGGGAAAGUACAUCAAUAUUAACCUAGUAGAGUAGGAGGCACCAUUAUUUUUUUUAGUUAGCUUAAUUUAAACAACACACACUCUUUUGGACACUACUUCUAGAGUCGUCUACUACUAACGGGGUUAUCACCACAACGAAUGAUUCAAAUAUCGCACAAAUAACAACAACAAUGAAGCUUAAUGACUAAAUCAAGAGAAGCUAUUCGCUCAGGUAGGUGUGUUUUUCAUAUGUUUCACUAACGCUUACCUUAUCUGAGCAUUGAGGCACCUGCAUUUUGUUUUCUUUUCUUUCUCAUAUUCUUCAGAGGUAAUACUCUCCAAGUAACCGUAGCCGGCUAAAUGGUCUUCCAGAGAGAGGCUAUCAUCACUGCAAAAGUGUACGGAUAUGAGACACACAUGAAAUGAAUCCUAAUCUUGUAAUCUUUGGCUCCACACACAGGGGUCUUGUGCAAAUCGCCUGUAUUUUAAGAAAAAGUGGUACUCUUGAUUUAAUCAACGGGACGUUCUCGUGAUACCUGGGUCGAUGCGUAGGGGCCAACCGCAGAAGGGGGAGGUGCUACAAUAAUGCAGCAAUUUAGCUAAGGUGUAGCAGCACGAUACCUUAAUGAGGGGAGGGGGGGUAGUAUUAUUGGAGCUGCUUUCCACGCGUCCAAUGUACGAAGAAUAGACCAUUCUGAAAGAAAUAGAAUCAAAGGAGAAGACACUGAAACUUAGGGUAGAUAGCGUGGACAUA